GGGUGCGCAGAACGCCGCCGAGCCAGCGAGCGUUUGGGACCAGGCCAUGGAGAGCCGAAUCCAGCGAGUUCGCGACGCGUUCGCGUCCGGCCGGUCGCGCCCGCUGAGGUUCCGGCUGCAGCAGCUCGAGGCCCUGCGCAGGAUGGUGCAGGAGCGCGAGAAGGACAUCCUGCAGGCCAUCGGCGCCGAUCUGUGCAAGAGUGAAUUCAACGCAUACAGUCAGGAAGUCAUUACCAUUCUUGGCGAACUGGAUCUCGUGCUGGAGAAUCUUCCUGAAUGGGUCACUGCCACGCCAGCCAAGAAGAACCUGCUGACCAUACUGGACGAGGCCUAUGUCCAGCCAGAGCCGCUGGGAGUCGUACUCCUCAUCGGAGCUUGGAACUACCCCUUUGUUCUCAUCAUUCAGCCACUGAUCGGAGCCAUCGCCGCAGGAAAUGCUGUCAUUAUCAAGCCUUCUGAACUAAGUGAAAAAACAGCUCAGCUCUUGGCCAAACUCCUCCCGCAGUAUUUGGACCAGGACUUGUAUGCCGUGAUUAAUGGUGGCAUCCCAGAAACCACGGAGCUCCUGAAACAGCGGUUCGACCACAUCCUCUAUACGGGGAACACGGCCGUUGGGAAGAUUGUCAUGGAAGCCGCUGCCAAGCACUUGACCCCCGUGACACUCGAGCUGGGAGGCAAGAGCCCGUGUUACGUCGACACAGAUUGUGACCUGGACGUCGCCUGCCGGCGCAUAACUUGGGGGAAAUACAUGAAUUGUGGCCAAACCUGCAUUGCUCCUGACUAUGUCCUCUGUGAACCAUCCCUCCAGCAUCAAAUUGUGCAGAAGAUUAAGGAAACCGUGAAGGAAUUUUAUGGUGAAAAUAUAAAAGAAUCUCCCGAUUAUGAGAGGAUCAUCAACCUUCGUCAUUUUAAGAGGAUACUAAAUUUGCUGGAAGGACAGAAGAUCGCUUUCGGUGGGGAGACUGAUGAGGCCACACGCUACAUAGCCCCAACGAUCCUUACUGACGUCGAUCCUGAAGCCAGGGUGAUGCAAGAAGAGAUUUUCGGGCCCAUUCUUCCCAUCGUGCCCGUGAAGGAUGCCGAUGAAGCCAUAAAGUUCAUCAACAGCCGUGAAAAGCCGCUGGCCUUCUAUAUCUUUUCUCACAACGAUAAGCUCAUCAGACGGAUGAUCGAUGGCACGUCCAGCGGCGGUGUCACGGCCAACGAUGUCAUCAUGCACUUCACCCUCAGCUCGCUGCCCUUCGGCGGGGUAGGUUCUAGCGGAAUGGGAGCUUACCACGGGAAGUACAGUUUCGAUACCUUCUCUCAUCAGCGGCCCUGUCUGCUGAAGAGUUUAAAGAGGGAAGGUGCUAACAAGCUCAGGUAUCCUCCCAACAGCCAGUCGAAGGUGGAUUGGGCAAAAUUCUUCAUCCUGAAGCGCUUCAACAGGGGAAAACUCGGUCUGCUGUUGCUGGCUCUCUUGGGCGUUGUGGCAGCCGUGCUGCUCAAGCUCAGACUGCAUUGUCCCGUAAGCAGUGACGACCGCAGAUCCCACGGCCCAGCUCUGUCUUUAAGAGUGAGGCUGGAUACUAUUGAAGAAAGAUCCUGUUCAAACUCCUGGUUGCCUCUACCGGAUUAUUCCUCUGUUAAACAGUUAAUGAACCAAUCAUUUUAAAAUCCUACCAAAAAUAGUAAGGAAGUAAUGCAAAUGCACCAGAAUCAACUGUCAAAGUCAUUGGUGCGCCCCAUGGAUAAAACCUGCCAUCUCAGCCAAACCCCAGCCUUCCCCUCCGUGGAGGGGGGGGACGCACUCCGAGAACGCAUUUUACAUGGGUCACCCAGACCUUAGAGCUUGAGUCUAGGGGAGGCGAAUGUGUUAGCCUAAACCCUUGGGACAUGUAAAGGAGUCUCAGAACCUGUUGAGUGACUUCUUCACUCCAGUUCUUGGGACACAAGACACCCAGCCCAGGGUUAUCCACAGCCCUCCGCGUCCAGAGAGGUGAGGCUAGACCUUCCAGCUCUGCUUGAGGUUUGAGGCACUAGAAUUGUAUAUGGGUGCGGCGGGGCGGGUGGUCCCCGUCUCUUAUCCACUGGGACAUGAGGACUUGACCUUCAAGAGUCAGCCCUCCUGUCAGAUGGGCCACCUGACCAGUGGUCUUCCUCCUUUCUCAUCCAUUCUCCAUACUCUCUCCUGUUUAUAUUGGGACAGUCUCUUGGGGCCGUCCACAAAUGCCUUCUGUGACUAAUACCACGUAGAACAUCACCUUGUAUGCCCCAGGGCUUCUGGGAAGACAAGUUGCCAAUUUCAUGCACGUAUCAUCUGUCAAUCUUCCCGUGAAGGAGUUGUAGGAUUCUGCAUCUUCUAAAACCCUAACUGGCAUGUUUAAUGCUGUAAUAAGGAGACUUCUAACAAUACUUACUCUCUCUCAGGAUCUUAAAGUUUCAAGUCAGUGGAUCUUCAAGGACAAAUCUUUAAGUUUCUUAGGUCCAUAGCACAAUGCACAUAAAUUCCACUUUGCUAAA